AUGAAUAAAGGUAAAAUUGAUUUUAUAGUUAUUAUAGGAGAUACAUUAAAAAAAUUAAACCGAUUCGAAGAAGCAUUAUAAUAUUAUGACAUAGCUAUUGAAAAAAAUCCUGAAUAAGCCGAUAUUUAUAACAAUAAAGGUAAAUUCAUUUAUAUUAAAUUACAGCACUAACCUUUGAAUAAUUAAAUCGAUUAGAAGAAGCGUUAUAAUAUUAUGAUUUUGCAAUGAAUAAAGGUAAAACUAAUUAAAUUAUAUAGCAAAUACAUUAAAGAAUUUGAAUCGAUUAGAAGAUGCAUUAUUAUAUUACGAUUAUGCAAUAUAAAAAAAACCUAAAGUCUCUGAUAAACUGAAUUUAAAAUCAGAUUAUUUCACAACUGAAUAUCACUCUAAUAUUUGA